AGCGUGCCCUGUUUUACUUAUUUAACUGGACAAUGGAAAUGUAUGCCUAGCUGGAAAUGCCUGGGGGAUUUUUACAUCAGACGAAAUGACAAUGAUUAAAAUCUGCUUUUUUCCUGCUCUAAAUAUAUUGAGCGACGUGACACUUGCUUGAUACUGAAUAGCACUUAACCGUUACCCCCUGCACACCAGAACGUUAAACCGUUAUAGGGGCUGGUCUAUUUAUAUGUUUUACCGGAAAAUACGAAAAACCUAGCAUUAAUUAAUAUAUCUGGUCAUAGACAUCAUUUUUGUAAAAGGGAGAGAGUAUCACUUUUUCGUUUUUAAAAUCUGACUGGGUGCGAGUAGAGCUAAUUGUAGCCUAAUCCUUGCCCCAGAGGCGUUUGGGCAGCCCGGAGCAAGAAUUCUUUUUUAGCGCUGCUCUGUUAUUUCGAGACAGGAUUAUUGGCUUUCUUCUCAUAACAGACUGGCAGUUUCAUUUAUUAAGCAAAAAGACACUCAAGAAGCUAAAAUACGAAGCAGGAUUUGACCGACUCAAUUUUUAAGUGUAUACAAAUAAGAACCGAAAAGGGAAAGGAGAGGUCUCUUCUAUGUAUAAGGAAGGAAGAAGCAUGUCACGACUGUCUUUGACCCGGUCCCCGGUAUCUCCUAUGUCCACACAAGGAAUCCCUCUACCGGCUCAACUGACAAAGUCGAAUGCUCCGGUUCACAUUGACGUCGGGGGACACAUGUAUACUAGUAGCCUGGCUACUCUCACCAAAUACCCAGACUCAAGAAUCAGCCGUCUGUUUAAUGGCACAGAGCCCAUCGUGCUGGACAGCUUGAAGCAGCACUACUUCAUCGACAGGGAUGGAGAAAUAUUCCGUUACAUUCUCAGCUUCCUCAGGACCUGCAAACUGCUUCUCCCAGAUGACUUCAAGGAGUUCCACCUGCUGUAUGAGGAGGCUCGGUACUACCAGCUGUCCCCCAUGAUUAAGGAGCUGGAACGUUGGAAGCAGGAGAGGGAGCAGCGCAGGACGGCCCAGCCCUGUGACUGCCUGGUGGUGCGGGUGACGCCUGACCUAGGUGAGAGGAUCGCCCUUAGCGGGGAGAAGGUGCUUAUCGAGGAGAUCUUCCCCGAGACUGGAGACGUCAUGUGCAACUCGGUGAAUGCCGGCUGGAACCAGGACCCCACGCACGUCAUCCGCUUCCCCCUCAACGGCUACUGCAGGCUCAACUCUGUCCAGGUUCUAGAGCGUCUGUUCCAGAAGGGUUUCAGCGUGGCAGCGUCCUGCGGCGGCGGGGUGGACUCCUCCCAGUUCAGCGAGUACGUGCUGUGCCGUGAGGACCGGCGGAGUAUGUCCAUGAACACCCCCAUCAGGAUAAAACAGGAGCCCCUGGACUAGAGAGACUUUAGGAGAGGAGAGGGACUAGCCACGAGGGGCUCCUCACCCCCCUACUGGACAGAACAGAACAAACCCAAACCCUAAUAUCCCUCCACCUCACACCACAAAAACCAACCCAGCAAGAAACACCUAAGUAUUAGCAGACGCCUGAUAACGUUGCCAGCUCUGAGGAACUCAGUGCACUAAGGGGAAUGUAGUAUAAACACAAAAAAGCAAAGAAAGAAAACAAAAGGAUUUGAUUCUGUUUACUAAUAACACCCAAAGGAAUAAAGGACUAUGAUGAUGAACAGAAAGACUGAAACAGCAGCUCCAUCUCUUGACCCAUUUAAGCACCGUGACCAAUCUCUUUUUCCUCCAGUUGUAAGGCUCUCUGACCCCUUGUGAAGAGGUGUCCUGACCUCAGUGAGGAGAACGGCCCCCUUGCCCUCAGUGCAGCGCAUGGCGGUGUGUCGUCCAGUCCCGUACGUGUCUGUGUGAGGCCCAUGUGUUGUGUGCGCCGUCCAGUGCAGCUGAGUGGGGACAAGACAGGUGCUAUUUAGGGAGGCCUGGCCUGACAAGGGGCAGGGCUGACAGAGAGGAAGAGGAGGAAGUGACAGCCAUCCAGCCCACAUUGCUCUUAUAGCCAGCAACCAGGCCUCGCAGCCAAGGGAGGUCCAAUUGAUUGUCUUUCUUAUUUUCAUUGUUGUUUAUAAAGUACAACUUUUUUCUCUGAUUUUUUUGCUGUUUUAUCACAACAUGGUGUAAACAAUUAUUAAUAGGAUUGUUUUAUGUUUUUUUCCCCUCCUAUAUGAAGGAUGUAUGAGUGUUGUAUUCAGUCAGUAUGUUUGAAAGCUUCAGAGAAUGAGAAAGAGACAGAGAGAGACAGAGAGAAAGAGAGACAGAGAGAGAAAGAGAGAGAGAGAGAAAGAGAGAGAGAGAGACAGAGAGAGACAGAGAGAAAGAGAGAGAGAGAGAAAGAGAGAGAGAGAGACAGAGAGAGAGAGAGAGAGAGAGAGAGAGAGAGAGAGACAGAGACAGAGAGAGAGAGAGAGACAGAGAGAGAGAGAGACAGAGAGAGAGAGAGACAGAGAGAGAGAGAGAGAGAGAGAGAGAGAGAGACAUAGAGAGACAUAGAGAGAGAGACUUGGCAGUGGCUAUAGAAACACUAUUAUGUCUGGAGGCUACGUGGCUAAAGCAGCAGUCUGGCUGGUAAUGCAUUCAGAGCUGGAGAAGGUCUCAUUGUUUAAAUGGGGCUGCAAGGGAACCUGGCUAUUUCUACAUCUUUCAGAGGAAACAUUUGUAGCAUGCAUAAAGUGCAUUGGCUUUGUUGCAAUUAGCUGUCAAACAUAUCUUACAUCAAAUAAGAUUAACAAUGUGAGAGUACAUAUAUUUAUUAAAAAGUUAAAAGUCAACAUGUAAAAUGAUCUGUAAUGUGAAAUGAGAAAAUCUGAAUGAAAUUGUAUAUGAAGGCUCUGAAUGUGUUGCUGGUUGUGGAAUGCCAGAAUGUUCCUAACUUGACAAGGAACAUGUGAACUGAGGUAGAUCAGUGUAUCUCCAUGAUUGUGAUGAGAUGUACUCUAAAUGCUUGAUAACUUUGUUUGCACUUAUAACACAUCCUCUACAAAACAUCCUCCACCCCAAAUAAGUUCUUAGUAUACGUCCUGAUGACCAGCGCCCAAUCAACCCACACAUUAUUUCAUUGUGUUUAUAGUAAUUAGCACAUAUUAAUAUGUUGAGAGAGUCCAAUGUAAGUAAUAUCAAACUUCGGUGAUAAAGCGAAGUUGCCUAUUUGAUGAUUGUACAAAGUUUAAAAUUCAUGUUUUCAUAAUUGUUUAUUUGACACAGAAAUCACUAUGAUUAUUCAAAAAAAAAUGAUAGGAACAAACACAGUACAAAUAGUCUGACAAUUGAAAGAAUACUUUACGUUCAAUCAUGUUUGUCUUGCUGACUGUCAUUUCAUUUCUAAGGGAGGAUUAUUUCAAUCACUCUUCACAUGUCUGCAGCAGCAUAACCUAAAAUGAACUGUAAGCUGAGCAUCAGAGCAUUGUUUACAGAGAAAAAGAGUGGGAGGCACUUGUUCUAUCCUGCUGUGAUUCCAUGGUUUGAUUCUCUACAUUUGUGGAUCAAAGAGAGAAACAAGAAAGAAAGAGUAUAAAGUUGUCAUACUUUAUAUCUGUGUUUCAUCCAUUCCAAAAUAAUAGAUCAAAAAGAGGCCCAUUCUGAUCUUGGUUCAGCACCGGCUUGUUGAUGAGUUUGUUUUGAAACCUCCUAUGGUGGGUGUUUCACUAAUUACAAUUACAAAAAUCUUAUUUCAAAUGGGAUGGUAGUCUAAUUUGUAAUGAACCAACUAUCCUCUUGGUCCUAGUGUCCAGUGUCUUCUCUGUGGAUGUCCACUGAUUAAACAAGCCACAGGACUUCUUCAGUCUUCAGUUUUUAAAGAUGGUCAGGGUUAGUUAGUUAGUUUAGCUCCAAGAAGUCCAGAAGGCAGCACAGACCUCCUAGGGGGCCUCCCUCCCAAUCAGGCUCCUCUUUGUUCUGACCUGCUACUGUCCUGGGCCCUUGUAUCCAGUCGCCUCAAAGGGAAUGGCCAACCAGGCCUUUUAUGUUGCUGAGGGAUGUGGGGCUUCAGAGCCCAGCGGGUCCCCCGGGCUCCCAUGCACUCCCAGCUCCUCAGAAAUGCCAGUAGAGACAAGGGUUGUGCCCCCCACUGCGUCAUCACAUUCCCAGACCCUUCUGUACAGAGCACCCUCCUAACGUUACCCCCAUGGCUCACUGGACCGCACCGCACCAGACCAAACAAACAUUCCCUCCCUACUUUAUGUCCUCUGGUAUCUCUAGAUUCAACUUUACAUCUGAAGGGAACCGGCUCAGUUCUCAAUGGUUCUGAAUAGUUACAGUAUGUGGCAGCAUUUAGCCCACCUUCAUCAGUUCACUUCCCUGUUGACACAAGAGUAAAGCAACUCAACAAUACCUCUUACAGGUGGCAGGUUCUGACAGAUACCUCAUUACAUUACUGGGCCAUUUCUUCUAACAUAUUGUAUGUUUUCACACAUACCCUCAGAAAAAAAGAAGUGCCGUGCAGCACCAUUUGUCCCUGUAGGAGAACCCCCUGAAAGUUGGCUCCAGACAGAACCAUUUUGGGUUCCAAAUUGAACCUGUGUUCCAGGUGCUAUUAAAGCAUGCUAUUUUGAACCAGAUCUUAAAUGGUUCUAUCUGGAACCCUUUUUUCAGAGGGUUCCCCUACAGGGACACAUGGUGCCACAUAGCACUCUUUUUUUUCUGAGAGUGUACCAUUUUCUUUUAGUAAUUUGUGGUCAGUAAGACCAUAAUUAACAAGGAGUCCUACCACUUCUCUGUGUGGUGUGUCCACACAGUCCAGAGACCGGAGGGCAGUUGUACAGUUGUUUGUAUAUUAAAUUGUUAUCAGCACACUGGCUUUUACUGAGCCCUCGACCGUCUUAAUAAAAAAGAGACCUAUAAGUCCUCUCAUUUACUACCAAACAAAAAUAACAAAAAUAAUUUCCAAUUUGCAAGCAUUAUGUUGUGUACAUAUGGAUUAAACACAUUUCAAAAGGGUAUACUUAAGGUACAAAAUGUAUAUUAUUGAAAAUGUUUUAAUAAUUAGACUGUGGUAUUAAAGGGCAUGUGUUCACUUACAGUGUGUCCAUUUGAUUUUUCUUGCAUAUUUGCGAUAAUAAAAGGAUGUACUGUA